AUGACUUACAAAGUUGGUAUUAAUGGUUUCGGAAGAAUUGGCAGACUCGUUUUGAGAAUUGCCUUGACAAGAAAGGACAUCACCGUGGUCGCCAUCAAUGAUCCAUUCAUUGCUCCAGACUACGCCGCUUACAUGUUCAAGUACGAUUCUACCCACGGUCACUACAAGGGUAAGGUUACUUCCGAGGGAAAGUACCUUGUGAUUGACGGUCACAAGAUUGAGGUUUUCCAGGAGAGAGACCCAGCUAACAUCCCAUGGGGUAAGGAGGGCGUUGACUACGUCUUGGACUCCACCGGAGUGUUCACCACUUUGGAGGGCGCUCAAAAGCACAUUGAUGCCGGUGCCAAGAAGGUUAUCAUCACUGCUCCAUCCAAGGACGCCCCAAUGUUCGUGAUGGGUGUGAAUGAGGACAAGUACACUCCAGACGUCAAGAUCCUCUCGAAUGCUUCUUGUACUACAAACUGUUUGGCUACAUUGGCUAAGGUCAUCGACGAUGCUUACGGAAUCAAGGAUGGUUUGAUGACCACCAUUCACUCCAUCACCGCUACCCAAAAGACCGUCGACGGUCCAUCUCACAAGGACUGGAGAGGAGGAAGAACUGCUUCUGGCAACAUCAUUCCAUCCUCCACCGGUGCCGCCAAGGCCGUCGGUAAGGUUCUCCCUUCUCUUGCCGGUAAGUUGACCGGUAUGUCUUUGAGAGUGCCAACCACCGACGUUUCCGUUGUUGACCUGACCGUCAACUUGGAGAAGCCAGCCACUUACGAGGACAUCUGCGCUACCAUCAAGAAGGCUUCUGAGGGUCCACUUUCUGGAAUUCUCGGUUACACUGACGAGGAUGUUGUUUCCUCCGACUUCGUUACCGACAGCAGAUCCUCUGUUUUCGACGCUAAGGCUGGUAUCUUGCUGACCCCAACCUUCGUCAAGCUUAUCUCCUGGUACGACAACGAGUACGGUUACUCCACCAGAGUUGUCGACUUGCUUGAACACGUUGCCAAGGCUUCGUCUUAA